UAAAUAUUGGCUUUAGAUAAGCAUGGAAGAAAUGUCAUUUGUAAUAUAUCAUGGCGACCUAAAUGGUUAUCAUUUCCCUCGUCCAGUGUAACCAAGCCGGAGUGGCACGAUAUAGAGAUCGAGCGAGCCAUCUCAGACUUCUAUUCUCGUUUCGUUGUCUAUUCUUCCGCGGAAUCAGUUUGGUCCCUCGUUGGAUGAAUGAUUUAUCAACUAUUAUGUCGGAAAGGGAUAGAGGAGGAGAGACUAGGGAACCGUGAGGGUACCUUCCCAACACCCCCGCAAUCCUCAAAAUACCUCUCUUAAAACUGUGCUCUUCUUCUGUUUUUGGGUUGCUAAUCUUCAUUUGAACCGGUCAAACAUAUGAUCCAUUCCAAAUAACCAAAUGAGCAGUAUAUCUGAUCAAAAUAUGGAGCCAAAUCAACAAGACAAUUCCUACAACACAACCGUUAGUCCAAUGAAGCGCAAGCGGGGUCGUCCUAGAAAGAAUGGACGUCAGGAUGAAGUCUGUCGAAUUGAACCUAAUAAAAGACGAAAGCAAUGCACGGUGCUUCAAAGUUCAAGUUUCGAAGACGGGUUAGUGGGUCGAGAGGUUUUUUGCUCUUUUAUUGGAGUAUUUGAUGCUGGAUAUUUGCUAAAUGUUAGAGUGGGUGGCUCCGGCCCCAUCCUGACUGGUUUGGUGUUCGAUCCCCGGCUCUGUAUUCCAGUUUCGGCCGAAAACGACAUCGCCCCACAUCUCCCGAUGCUUGGAAGAAAUGUUUUUUACCCUCUGGUUGAGGAAGGUUUUAUCAACCAAGGAGAUGAUUCUUCGCGGGAUGGUUCGGAACAAAAUGGACUUAGGCGACAUAUUCGACCUAAAGAAUCUCCGACCACGUCUUCCUUUACGAGCCAUGAGCAAACUGAUCAGCAGUUGAACAUGACAGAGGAAACCCCAAAUAUUCCGAAAACUUUGAAGGUUUUUUCUGAGGGUGGAGCUAUGGAAACUUCCGACCAGAACCUGCUAACCUCGUCCAGCUUUUCAAAUGUUUAUAAUUCUUCAUUGCUUCCGAUGGCCACAUCUUCAGAAGUUUCCAAACCUUCCAAUGUUUCAGACCCUCCAGAACUUCCUGAAGAGGCACUGUUGAAGACCAAUGAAGCAGCUCUUGAUGUUUCUAACGACCUCCAUGUUGAUAUUCUUAAACCUUCUAAUAUUUCUAAAGAAGCACCUUCUGUUGUUUUGAAGCCUUCAGAAGCUUCAGAACUCGCCCAAAAUAUUAAUUUGGAUGAGCUUAAAUCUUCAGUUUCACCUUUUGAGGACGCCCGGAUUUUAGAGCAUCAAACCUUAAGAACUGGGAACAUUCCUGAAGAAAGUUUAUCAUCAGAAAAAUCAUCACAGGGAACAGUGGGAACAUCAGAAGAUCCAAAAAUUGGUUGAUUAACUUGGCGAUGGCUAUGGCGCAGAAGGAUAUGCUAAUUCUGGAUAUAGGCACCGGAGUUAAUUUUUUUAGCUCAUCUGGACAUCUAUUCUGUGAAUUUUCCAUGACAACUAGCUCAUGCUCGUGGCUAUGAUAGAAGCAGGAGAAAAAACCUGUUUAGAAAUUAUGGAUUAAACAUUACAGUUUUUAUGGAACUGAGUAUUUAUAUUCUAGUCUGCAUCUUUUAAGCUAUAUAGGAUUUGUUUUUCUUCUCCUCUGUAGAGAUCCGCAUAUGAUAACUUGUUUUUUUCCCUGAUACAUUUGUGAAUUGCAGUUCCUUCAGGACAUGCA